UCCUUGUAUUUAAGGUUCAGUGUGACGUUACGGAAAUGAGACGAUUAAACAACUUAACAAUUACAUUUGACGUCUUAAAAUUGAGCAAAACAUACGUUAAAAGGAGUUUAAAGUUGUGUAGAGUUUUCAGUUCCUUAGUUCCAUGUACGUUGCUGUCAAUAAAUGUGAAGACUACGUGUGGCCUACUUAUAAUGUCGUUACUGCAAGAAAACAAAGAAGACGACGCGUUAGCGCGCAUGCUACUGCUGUGUUAUCAUUGUAAAAGCGCAGUGUUACUUUAGCACUUCACUGCUUUUACUGUGUUUUGAGGAGGCCUGCCACCUGUUAGAGUUUCCCCCCCUCCUCGACUAAGUCAGCUGGGACGAACGGGGCCCUUUUGUUCAAACACAGCUCCCUGCCGAGUUGCUAAGCUCAAGUCCAAGUUGGAAUUUUCUUUCAGCUCCCCCUCAGAUUGGAAAACUCGGUGAAGAAAAUAAGACAUGGGAAAUCACUUUCUGCCACUGGUUGUGACAUUCUGCAUGUUCACCACAGCAUCAGGUGAAGGCUGCUCCCUCAUCCUGAAGCCCUCCAGGGUUGUGGUGGGCUUUGGGGAGCCAGUGUCGGUCACUUGCGAAGCCACCCGGCCCGUGCGAGUCCUAGGCUGGGAGUCGUCCCUCAACGCUGCGCACACCCAGCAGGAUCUGUCCGUCCACUGGAAGGUCGACAGCCUGAUUGACUGGAUAGAGGAGCCCAUCUGUUACGGAGUGUUUUUUACCGCUCCGAGACAGUGUGAGGAAAAACUCAACCUUGUCCUCUACAAAACCCCGGACGGCGUCUCCAUCAGGACCUUGAACCACACCGGACCGAUGGUGGCAGGGAAGGAGUACCAGCUCCUCUGUGAGGUUCAAAACGUGGCUCCAGUUCAGUACCUGACACUGAGGUGGUACAGAGGGGACGUGGAAGUUUACAACCACUCCUUCUCCGACCUCACGUCUUCCUCGCCUGUUCAGGUGUCCUCGAUCCUCCAUAUCACACCGACCAAAAUGGAGAACAACGCGCAGUACCGAUGUGUGGCAGAGCUGGAGCUCGGACCGGAGGGGCCGCAACCCCCUCCUGCCGUGGCCUCCGAGCCUCUCAAUGCCUCUGUCUACUUUCCCCCAUCGUUCCUCAACCCUGAAACAGAGUACCUGGAAGUACCAACACCGGGGGCUGAGAUCUCUCUGAACUGCACGGCUACAGGAAACCCUGCUCCUGUCUACAGCUGGCAGACCCCACAGCCCCUAGAGGGGAAGAUGGACGAAGCGCUUCUCAGUUUUUCGUCGCUGCUCCCAGGAACCUACGCCUGCACUGCCUCCAACAUACUAGAGAAGAAGACCAAGCAGUUUAUUCUGAAGAAGAACAAAGGUGUUUGAUACAAUGUCAUCAAAAAGGAGUUCGUAACGUUCAUGGAUAAGUCAACUGAUGGGAGAAGCUGCUUUUGGAGAGAAAAAGAACUCAACUCACAUAUUUAUGAUAAUCACCCAGAGUUAGAUCUCAAGAAGAUCAAGACUAGAAUACAUUGUGUGAUGAUGUAGUCAGUAUUUUUAACACGUGUAUUUUGUUUCUGUUUGAUUCUUAGUGUAGAGGAGAGUCCUCUCGUAUCACCCGACUUCCUGUAUGUGAUACAUAUAUUUGGAUGAACACAUUUUUUCGGUAACACGUUUGUGGACUAGUCACGCUUAACAUAGUCACACGGACACCUUUGUUGUGAGUGUAAAGUUAAUAGUACACCUUUUAACGUACGAGUGUUACAGAUCGGUUAAUCGUGAUUGUAAAUAUGGACAUUUUCUUAAUGCCUUAAAUUAAUCAAAUCAAUUAUUCAUAUCAUUAUUUUAAGAUUUUAUAAUGCACAUGUUUGGUGUGUUGGGUUUAUUAGUAGCAACUCAUUAGGUAUGAGUUGUCCCUGAAAGCAUCAGCAUGUCUUGUCUACCGUGAUAAAUAUGUUAAUGCUUUUUUUUUUCCAUGUCUCGUUGAACGAUUACUAACUGUUAAAGCUUUACUAACUGAUAGCUACAGCUCUAUUUGACUUGUACCCGUUUAUUUCCAAAUGACCAGUUUUAAAAAUUACCUUUAAAUGACGAGCUUUAUCUAACUAGUUUAUCUGUAACAAACCUGUUUAACUGUUACUGACCAUUAGCUUUUUUUUUUUAGCUCCAUUAAAUGGGGUUCUGCUGUUUUUUUAACAACCAAUUAUCAAUUCAGCAAUAAUUAAAGUGAUCAUUUUUACUUUCACUGAUUCAUCUCAAUUGGCAAAAUCGUUUUUUUUUAAAUGACAUUUAAUACUUUCAACUAACCAUGUAUGACAAAGUUUGUCUGUAAUUUAGCGCUAACUAUAUUCCCUAAUUUACCACGGAGCAGUUUCAACCCUGUUUACUGAAAGGUUUUAGCUUCAGCUGACUACAGCCCUGAAUGGUCGCAGAGAGUUUUAAAAAUGUAUUUUAUUUGAAGAAAAAGACUAUACACGCGUAUUUUUAAUGUUUUUUUGUGAUAGUGACUAUCAUUUGCAAAUAUAUAUUAAGUGUAUUAAUACCAUUUGACCACUAGAUGUCACCGUUGCAAAAAUGAUAACGAAUUUGCUGUCGUCAUACCACGUGACUAAACGUUGCAUCCUGUGAGGGAGUUUCGUGUGAGGCUAACGUUAGCCGGAUGACCUUUUAAGAGAGUUUGGGUAUGUUAACCCUUUUUUCCCCCCAACAUUUCUUCCAACAACAGAGUUCUAAGCCACUGCUGGGAUAUACUUUUUAAUAAUAAUAAGCUGACAACCAUUAAACGCUGUUUCAUUCG